CCAAUUUCCUCAUCAACAUCCAUCACCUUCCUUUUCUCCCCAGGGCUGUGCAACCACGUCAACCAGGACAUCUGCGGCCUAUUCUCAUCUGAAUUUAGAAUCGCUCCCAAAUCCACCACAGUUCUCUGAUACAGGCCAUCUUCGCUACUGCAAUCGGACGCGCGAGAUUUCGCUGUCGGGUCGGACGCGAACGUUUGCCUGGUGUCUUUCUUUUUCUUCUUUCUUCCGCCCUCAUCGUACCAACGACGCAGGCGGCUCUUUACCACCUUGAUUAAAAUCGCCACCUAAUACCCAACACAAUGUCUUACGGCGGCGGCGGAUACGGCGGAUCGCGCGGUGGUGGUGGCGGCGGCGGCGGCGGCUACUCUAAUGGAGGCGGUUACGACCGCGGCAACGGAAACUCGUACGGAGGCGGCUCCAACGGAUACGGAGGCGGUGGUGGUGGCUACGGCGGCGGAGGCGGCGGCUUUGGCGGCGGCGGUGGUGACCGCAUGUCCAACCUCGGCGCGGGACUGCAGAAGCAGGAGUGGGACCUGAACACCAUGCCCAAGUUCGAGAAGUCCUUCUACAAGGAGGACGAUGCUGUCGCCAAGCGCUCCGCUGCUGAGGUUGACAAGUUUCGUCGCGACCACGCCAUGACCACGUUCGGUACCGACAUCCCCAAGCCGGUCGAGACUUUCGACGAGGCCGGUUUCCCCCGAUACGUCAUGGAUGAGGUCAAGGCCCAGGGCUUCCCUGCGCCCACGGCCAUCCAGUCCCAAGGCUGGCCCAUGGCCCUGAGCGGUCGUGAUGUCGUCGGUAUUGCCGAGACCGGCUCGGGCAAGACACUUACGUACUGUCUCCCUGCCAUCGUUCACAUCAACGCCCAGCCGCUCCUGGCUCCCGGUGACGGCCCCAUCGUCCUUGUCCUAGCUCCUACCCGUGAGCUUGCUGUUCAGAUCCAGACCGAGAUCACCAAGUUUGGAAAGUCGUCCCGCAUUCGCAACACGUGUGUCUACGGCGGUGUCCCCAAGGGCCCCCAGGCGCGCGACCUUGCGCGCGGUGUCGAGGUCUGCAUUGCCACACCUGGUCGCCUGAUCGACAUGCUGGAAUCCGGAAGGACCAACCUCCGUCGUGUCACGUACCUGGUCCUUGACGAGGCUGAUCGCAUGCUUGACAUGGGUUUCGAGCCCCAGAUCCGCAAGAUCAUUGGCCAGAUUCGUCCCGACCGUCAGACUCUCAUGUGGUCGGCUACCUGGCCCAAGGAGGUCCGCAACCUCGCGUCCGACUUCCUCAACGACUUCAUCCAGGUCAACAUCGGAUCCAUGGACCUGUCUGCCAACCACCGCAUCACCCAGAUCGUCGAGGUCGUCUCAGAGUCUGAGAAGCGCGACCGCAUGAUCAGGCACAUGGAGAAGGUCAUGGACAACAAGGAGAGCGCCAACAAGAUUCUCAUCUUCGUCGGAACGAAGCGUGUGGCAGACGAGAUUACUAGGUUCCUUCGUCAGGAUGGCUGGCCCGCACUCUCCAUCCAUGGCGACAAGCAGCAGAACGAGCGCGACUGGGUCUUGGACCAGUUCAAGACCGGCAAGAGCCCCAUCAUGGUUGCCACCGACGUCGCGUCGCGUGGUAUCGACGUGCGCAACAUUACCCAUGUGCUCAACUAUGACUACCCCAAUAACUCGGAGGAUUACAUUCACCGUAUUGGCAGGACUGGUCGUGCGGGAGCCAAGGGAACCGCCAUUACCUUUUUUACCUCUGAUAACUCUAAGCAGGCUCGCGACCUCUUGGGAGUCCUCCAGGAGGCCAAGCAGGAAAUCGACCCCCGCCUUGCCGAUAUGGCGAGGUACGGCGGCGGCGGCGGUGGUGGCCGGUACGGUGGUUACCGUGGCCGCGGCGGUGGUGGUGGUGGUGGUGGCGGCCGUCACGGUGGUGGUGGCGGUGGCGGCGCCAACUCUCUCCCCAUGGGCGGCAACCGUCGCUGGUAGGCUCCUGUUUGUCCCAGAUGCCUGCACAACAUGAUGAUGACGCCUCGUGUCAUCUCUCCGUCCCAUUGGCAUCUACCAAAUCCGACACUGUUUUCUCUCCGGCGUUCUUGUAGAAAAAGGGUUAUCGGCUUUAGACGGUGGUAUCAUGGAAGCACCAACACAACAUUCGGAACGACCUGUUUCGUCGUUUUGUCUUGUUCUUUCCUUUUCUCUUACCCCUUGUUUUCAUUUGUACAAACCAUCAUCCUCCUGCGUUUGCCUUUUACACCGCCCACUUUGUUGGUUCACAUCACAUCACAUCCCAAGCCGCCUCGCUUUGCUCACCACGACACAAUCAGUCGUGAACAGUUCGCGGGCUGAGUUCAACUGCACCGCCUUCCAGGCCAUGCCGCUCGCAUAGCGAACGGUAGGUAAGCAGCUAGUCAUGCCUUUGAUGUCACGGCCUUGAGCUGUCGAACAAUGCAAUGGGCGGGCGAGCGAGCCAGAUUGAGAAUGGAAGACGAGGAACUUGAUACACAUGCACGACGAAGGGGCUAUACUUGAGAUGGCCCAUACCUUGGUAGUUGUUAGAGUAGCUGUCCAAAGGCAUGGACCAUGUACUGCCUCAUUUAAUGCAACGGUUGAACACG